AUGUCACAGCAGAAGCAGCAAUAUUGUGAGCCUGCAAAUGCUCCAAAAUGCUCCCCUCCCCAAUGCCCAAACCCCUGCCUGGCCCCCUGCUCUGCUCCUUGUUACAGCCCCUCUUCAGGAAGUUGUUGUCUUGGUUCUCAAAGACCCCAGGCCCAGAGCCAGGCUUUCCCUAGGAGGGCUCGCCGAAAGCCCCGCUGCCUCAGUGGAGGCACCGUCUACCACUGCAAAGAGAAGGAGUGUUAA